UUCGUCCACAACCACAGUGAUGUCGUGUGACAUUUUUCUUCUUCGCGCCUUCUUGCCGCUGUCACUUCCGUUUAACCGUCUCUUCCCACCACUAUGUCAUCCCGCCCGAGCUCGGAGAGUCCAUCGCACACUGUGGCACCCUCGAACGAGAUGCACGGCUCCUCUGAGGAGAAGAACCUCGGUGCGACUAGAGCAUCCGAGGAUACAGAGAAGGCGGGAGAAGCGGAGGUCCACUAUGUGCACGGCGUCGAGUUGGCCUUGCUCACGCUCGCGUUGAUGCUUGCUGUCCUCCUAGUGGCAUUGGACAACACCAUCAUUGCAACUGCGAUUCCCAAGAUUACGGACCAAUUUGACUCUUUGGCUGAUGUCGGGUGGUACGGAAGCGCCUAUCUUGUCGCUACAGCAGCAACGCAGCUCCAGUUCGGCAAGUUCUACUCGAUCCUGCCGAUAAAAUGGGUCUGUCUGCUGGUUCAUCCCACCUCCUGGACUUUCGCUCAUUACUGCAAGGUGUUCAUCUCUGCCAUCGCUGUCUUCGAGAUCGGGAGUGCCGUAUGUGGAUCCGCCCCCUCAUCGGGUGCAUUGAUCGGUGGGCGGGCGAUUGCUGGGCUGGGUUCAUCAGGCAUCUUCAGUGGCGCAUUCAUCAUAGUGGCACACAUCGUUCCGCUGGCAAAACGGCCGAUCUUCAACGGACUCUUUGGUGCUAUCUAUGGCGUUUCCAGCGUAGUCGGGCCGCUACUGGGCGGUGCGUUCACCGAUAAGGUCUCGUGGAGAUGGUGUUUCUACAUCAAUCUCCCCAUCGGCGGAGUGUGUCUCCUCUUUCUCGUGUUCUUUUUCCGCAUGCCGGAGAGCAUCCAGGCGCGAUCCGCGGCGAACGCAGCAGAGGUGAGCGCAUGGGAGCGCUUCAAGCAGUUCGAUCCGCUGGGCAUUGUCACAUUCAUGCCCGCGAUCGUCUGCCUGCUGCUUGCUCUGCAGUGGGGCGGCUCGAAAUACGCAUGGAGCGACGGGCGCAUCAUCGCGCUGUUCGUCGUGUUCGGUGUGCUUAUUUUCGCGUUCGUGGGGAUCCAGAUCUGGGGACAGGACGGCGCGACGGUGCCGCCGCGCAUCAUCCGGCAGCGCACCGUCUCGUGCUCGGCAUUCUUUGCGUUCUGCCAGGGCAGCUCUUUCUUCCUGUUUGUGUACUACCUCGCUAUCUGGUUUCAAGCGAUCAAAGGGACCACUGCGAUCAAAUCCGGCAUCGACACGAUCCCGCUCGUGUUUGGGACGGUCAUCGGCAAUGUUUUGUGCGGAUUCGGGACGAGCAUGACCGGGUAUUUCGCCCCGUUCAUGUUCGUCUGCACGAUCCUCAUGUCCGUCGGCGCGGGGCUCAUGACGACGUUCACGACGACGACCGGGCACGCGCACUGGCUGGGGUACCAGGUCAUCCUGGGGCUCGGCGUGGGCUUCGGCAUGCAGCAGGGCAUCACCGCGGUGCAGGCCAUCCUCCCCGCGAAGGACGUCUCCGUCGGCACCGCGAUCGUCAUCUUCACGCAGAACCUCGGCGGCGCGCUCUUCGUCUCCGUCGGACAGAAUCUGUUCCAGAACAAACUGCUCGCCGGCAUCGCGCGGAACGUCCCGCAGGUCGACCCCCUCAGCGUCCUGAGCGCUGGUGCGACGAGCCUGAAGAGCGUCGUCCCCGCGCAGUACUUCGGGGCUGUGAUUGUCGAGUACAACGCGGCGCUGAUGGCGGCGUUCCAAGUUGGUCUGAUCAUGGCUGCGCUGUCGCUGUUGGGCGCGGCUGGAGUCGAGUGGGUCAGCAUCAAGAAGAGUCCGGCUGAGAGAUCCGAGUCCGCUUAGUUCUAUGAGCUGUGGUAUCCCAGUACCAUCCACUUCAUACGCUUCACUGGGCUGACAUGGCUCUUGGUCCGCUAGGUAUAUAGACCACUUAUAAUAGAGAUACAUGCGAUGCAAAAAAAAUAUACGGAUUUAAGGAUGAAGCCGGGCCAGAGAGCGGUCUCGAGAACGUGCGAAUAAACAAGCCAAUAAACUGCGCAGAAGCAUCGGAACUAAACUAAGACUCAGGAUCCGACCGAUCAACGUAUCAAGCGAUGGGUCAACUUUCUACUGUCCACGAGGUUGCUUGCGACCCUACCAACCGCCUCCGGAUAUAAAAAAAAACAGAGGCGGCGAAAGAUGCGGGGAGGCCGCCCCAGCCGAAUUGACAUCGGGGGAAUGAUAAGCGUUCCUCACUCAGCAAGGCGGCGAUCCUGGGCUUUCCAUGGGGCAUAGUAAAUGCCGAGAGUGGCUCUGCGAAUGAGUCGAGGCUCAUUUUUGAAGAAAUGACUGACGAUGCGAUCCUACUUUCAAUAUCCCUGUGACUGUUUCGAGACAUCUCUGCCCUGGACGCGGCUGCAGACACCGGCGGCCUUCGUAUUCUUGACUGUUUGAGAGCGAUCCUCUGGGCCUUUUUCUGCUGAAUUAUGUGCCUCGUGAGCACUCGGCACCUGCAUGGCGUGGGAUGAGACGG